AUGACAAGAGUGGGUCUGAAAGUUCGACUUUCCACUACUGCACUGAUAUACAGGAAAGUCUUACAGAUGAGGAAGACUGCCAAUGUAUUUAAUGAAAAACAUAUAGAGAAGUUGAUGUCUGUAGAUACCCAUGCACUUGCACUUGGUUUUGAAAAUUUACACUACAUAUGGCUAGCACCGUUGUCUCUUAUUACCGUCUCUCGAGGUCUCUACAAUGAAUUUGAUGGUGCUUCGUCAUUCAUCGUCCCAUUCAUUCCAGGACUUAUUUUUAUUGCCAUAGCAACUGUGCUUCAAUCAAAAUUAAUUAAAUUAUGUGCCAAAGUUUCAAGAGCAUUUGAAAUGAAAUCAAAUGAGCGUAAUAAACUCUUGAGAGCCAUUAUUACAGGCAUUCGUACUAUCAAGACGAAUUUGUGGGAGAAACCAUACAUGUCUCUCAUGCAGAAAAUGAACGAUAACCAAUUCAACAAUCUACAAGUUCCCCUAUUAGCUGUAAAUUUACUGUCAAAUGCGUCAUUUUCAUUAUUACACGUUUUCAUUAUGUUUGGCAUGUUUGUUGCCAGUGUUACCUCAGAUUACCCAACAUCUGUGGAGAAAAUUGCAUUGUGCUGUAUUUAUUUUCAUAUUCUUCAAACUUUUCUUGUUCAGAACUUUCCCCCAGCUCUUGAAAAAGCUGCUACAAUGUUCUAUGCAAGUCUUCGAAUUGAAAAUUUUCUUUUGUCUGAGAUAACGCCAAGAAGUACGAAAUCCAAAGCCUGGAUAUACGGGGGCUUUGGCCAGGGUGGACUUGGUGUUGUAUUUGAUAACGUGACGGUAUUAGAACCAUCAGUGCAGAGAAUGGAUGAGGAGGAUAGUCCCAGCGCAAAACUAAAUGAUGUUGACUUCAGUGUUUCUGAAGGUCUGGUAUGCAUCUGUGGUUCAUCAGGAUCGGGAAAAACAACUCUACUGCUUGCUGCAGCAGGUGAAUUGCCAAUUGCUGGUGGUACAGUGAAACUGAGCCAUCUUCCAGUCUAUAUUCCCAAACAGGCGUGCAUAUUCAAGCAAAAUGCUAGGAAUAAUAUUAUCUGUGAUCGAGAGUUCAAUGAAGAACUGUACAAUAAAGUGGUUGAAGCCUGCCAUCUUCAAGAUGUAUUUGCAAAACUAGUAAAUGGAGACGAGACAAUUUUAGGCAAAGGUACCAGCAAUUUGACACAUGAUGAUUUAACAAAGAUUGCACUAGCACGGGCAUUGUAUGCUGAUGCAAAGAUUUAUCUUCUACAUAAUAUCUUUGAUCAGUUUAAACUCGAUGAGGCCCAGCAGCUAUUUGAUAACUGCAUUAUAAAGUUUCUGAAAGGAAAAAUUUGCAUCCUGGAAACUAACAACAGUGAUCAUCUAAAAGCUGCUGAAAAAGUCAUUUUUCUUGAAAAUAGAGAUAUUCUGGCAGAGGAAACACUGUUAUCGCUUACCUAUACAGACAACCCUGUAUUUAAUAGUGACUACCUUUAUAUUAAAGACCACCUUUCUAAAAAUACAGCAUAUCCUAAACAAGGUAUGUAG